AUGGUCGCUACAGCCCUCUCUCAGUUCCCUGUACCACAGCUCCUAACUGGUAUUUUGGGCACUGAUGCAGAAUUUAAAAAGCAGAAUAGGGAAAAAGGGAGGCAGACCGAUUCACCGACUGCUUCAAAGAGACAGAAAUUUAGUCGGAACGACCCUCAACUGCGCGAAGGAAGAACGGUGCUGGGCGGGGGGUGGGGGGGGCGCAGGGCGCCGCUGUCCGGAAUUCGGAACCUGUACUGUCUGCGCACCCCAAGCUGCGGAACGUUUGGAGCCAGCCGCAUUCGCCUGUCCCGCGCUCGACUGACCAUCUCAGCUCAGCUCUGCGCACUUUCCCACUCGGAGAGGGUCCAGCGGUUGAUUUUGAGGAUUUCCACAGGCGUCAAGCUGGAGGCCCCGACCACCGAACCGCCCCAAGGGGCUUUCCCGAACCCCAACACCAUGAGCUAUGGGGACGAGCUGACCCCUGAAGCUCUGAGUGUGCCCAGCGGGUUUGAUGAUCUGAUCACCUCCACCACCUCCCAGGUGCUGCAGGCUAUUUCUAAUGCCGCAGCCGCGGUUGGUAGCUCAGGCCGCGAUAGCGUGCUUUCCAUGAUCCAUAAGCUACCUGACCAUAUCUCAAACAUGGGCAACUUGGCUGACACGUCAGGUCCCAUGGCUUCAGAGAGGGUGUCCCAGGACGAGCCGGUACAGUUCUGGCUAGUAAUAGGGUACACCAUAGUGGUAUUUGCUGCCAUACUAGGCAAUUGGGUCUUAAACCAUGUGAUUAUGAAGUACAAGAAGAUGCACACUGCCACCGGCCUCUUUGUCGUCAACAUCUCCGUGACCAACAUGAUGCUGGCUUUUCUCAGCUCUCCCUUCACCAUGGUGCGUUAUCUGUGUAAUUCCUUGGUGUUUGGGAAGAUGACAUGCCACCUCAGUCGUUUUGCUCAGUACUCUUGUGCCUAUGUAACUGUGUUGACCAUGGCUGCUAUUUCCCUGGAUCGACAUCGGGUGAUGCUAUAUCCCCUGAAGUCCCGAAUUACUCCAAUGCAAGGCAAUGUUUGCAUCAUUCUCAUCUGGAUUGUGAGCACCUGUGCUGCUUUGCCACAUGCCAUUUACCAAAAGCGUUACCAAGUGGAUAAUGGAAACAUAACUGAAGAAAAUGUCUGCCUUCCCAGUUUCUCAUAUACUUCAAAAUCCACGUGGAAAUACCUUGACCUGAGCACCUUUUUGCUCUUCUUCAUUUUGCCAUUGAUGGUGCUGAUGGUUGUCUAUGGUCAUGUGGCCAAGAAGCUGUGGAUCCAUAAUGCUGUUGAUGACAUCAACAUCCACACCUACAUCUGCCAGCGUGGGAAGAAAAAGCAAAGCCUGAAGAUGUUGAUGAUAGUGGUGCUUGUCUACACUGUCUGCUGGCUCCCCCUCAACCUCUACCUGGUGCUGCUAUCCAGUGAAUCCAUUUCAAGCCACAAUGGUCUCUACUACUUCCUCCACUGGCUGGCAAUUAGCAGUUCCUGCUACAAUCCUUACAUCUAUUGCUGGCUCAGUGAUAGUUUCCAUAUUGAAGUUCAGAAGGUCAUCAUGGAAAUCCAGAAGAUGCUGCUGGAUGGAAUCAGCCGCCUAAGAGGGGAGCACCGCCAACUGAGAUCUGUCUCACCCACACACUGCCCUGCUUGGGUGGAUCCCAAUCCUGGAGUGCCCAAAUUCCCACGAUUCAAAGAUUUCGAUGAGCUACCCAGCCCCCCUCCAUCCCCAGAGGUGGAAACCUCCUUUCUCUACCCACCAGUGCCUAGAGUUUAAGCUGCCCAGACCGCGAUAGAUUAUCCAUCCUCAAAAACUCAGAUAGGGUGGAACCAAAAUAACUAAGUUUCAUUCAUUUUUCAUGGCAGGGGGAGUGGAGGAAGGGGUUG